AUGACCCACCUUUUUCACAUUCCUAAUACUCUGUCGCGGUGGCCCUACCCGCGGCGCAUUCAUCCCGACUACGAGGAGGUCUCUGCUGAAUCUGCUGCAUGGCUGAGGUCGUUCCACCCGUUCUCCCCCGAGAAACAGGUCGCCUUCGACAAGUGCAAGUUCGAUCACUUCCGUUCCGCAUGCGACCUCAUGAACGUCUUCUUCGUCUUUGACGAUCAGACGGAUAUCGUGGACGCAGCCCACGCCCGCGUGCUCGCCGACAUCGCUAUCGAUGCCGUGCGCCACCCAGAUUGCCCACGCCCGAACGGGGAGCCUGUCCUCGGAGAAAUAACACGGCAAUUCUGGGCCCGCGCGUGUGUGAACUCUACCGCCUCGGGGCGGACGCGGUUCGAAGUCGCGUGGAUGCGCUACGUGGAGGGCGUUGUCGGACAGGCGGAAGACCGCGAUGCAGGUCGUCUGCGCACGACCGAGGAGUACCUCGAGCUCCGGCGGUUCACGAUCGGGGCCAGCCCGAGCUACGCGUUCGCGGUGCUCAAAGUGGAUCUCCCGCUCGAGGUCUCCGAGCUCCCCAUACUCCGCGAGCUCAGCGAGUACAUCACGGACAUCAUAAUACUCGAUAAUGUAUGGUGUUGGUUGUUUGCGGCUCCGAGUUUCGCCCUACUCACUUACCAGCCGCAGGAUAUAUGCUCGUAUCCCAAGGAGUACGCGGCCGGGGACAUAACGCACAACAUGAUCACGCUCGUCAUGAACGAGAAGCACCUCGACCUCGAUGCCGCGGUCGCGUGGGUCGCCGGGGAGCAUGCGAGGCGAGUAGAUGGCUUCCUCUCCGCGCUCGCGGAGCUCCCGCAGCCACGCGUCGCGUGA